AUGGCGUUUGCUGGGACAAAUAUCAGUUUGUUCCAACCGGAUAUCACGCAAAAACUAACGGAGCGCAUAGAUGACCUGAAGCAAAAAAUCGCUGCUUGGGGGAAGCGGAUUCGACGAUUUAGCGAGAGGUCAAGGCGGUUCAACCAGAAUCGUCUCUUCCAGAGUGAUCAGAAGAGGCUCUAUAUAUCAUUGGAGCGACCAGAGGUAUGUGGAGCGGGCCCAGGACCGGAUCAGGCCGACACUGUCACAUUUUGGCGUGGCCUGUGGUCAGAGCCCGUAAACCACAGCGAGGGCCCUUGGAUGGAAGUUGUGGCGAGCCAGAGUGCAAGUGUUACGCCUAUGGACCCCGUCACCAUAACGCCUGAAGACGUGGUUGAGGCGGUCCGUAGGGCCCCGAACUGGAAAAGUCCGGGGCUCGACGGGCUGCAUCAUUACUGGCUGAAGGGGUUCGUAGUGUGUCACGCUGUGCUCGCAGGCUCUCGAUCAGAAGUCGCUCCCGAGCCUCUUCACUACUGGGAUCACUCAUUUGGUUCCUAA